AUCUUUAAUUGUCCCUCUUACCCUGCUUGUUGUUCUUCCUCAUCUGUUCCUCUUAUCAUUCCCACAAACCUAAAAUUCUACUACUAUUCCCCAUCACUUUCUUUAUUUCAUUCUCACAAAUCGCAACCCCACACCCCCUUUUUUUAUUAAAAUUAUUUUAUUAACCAACAAUCAUUCUCCAAGUCUAUUUCUUUAAUUGUUUUUUUUUCUUGGUUGCGUAAUUAAUAAUGGGAUGCACCAGCUCCAAGAUUGAUGAUUUGCCGGCGGUCGCUCUCUGCCGUGAACGUUGCUCUUUCUUGGAUGAAGCUAUUCAUUACCGUUACGCUCUUGCUGAGGCACAUUUUGCUUAUCUUCAUUCACUUAAAACUGUUGGACUCUCUCUUCACCAUUUUUUCAAAGAAAAUGUUGAAACAUCUCAUUCCCCUGUUCGUAUUAAAGGUGACCCCCCACUCCCUGAACCCCCCAAGAAACCAAUUCCUCCUCCUCCUCCUCCUGCUGCUGCUGUUGCCAUUGAUCAGAAUCAUGAUUCUCACUCUAGUUCCGGUUCACAUCUUCAUUUUCACUCUGAUUCUGAUGAGGAUGAAGGGUCUGGUUCAGAUUCUUUACAUCAUCACUUAGACGGUACUUCCAUCCCGUUUCAUCAGUACGGUCAGUUUACUUAUGGGAAUCAUGAAAUGCUUGGCUUUGGAGCUCCUUAUCCAGUUGGGGGAAAUGGGGGUGGUGGGUUUAUGCAUAUGAAUUUCAUGAGGAACCAAACGACGCCGUCUGUCACAUAUGAACAACGACCGGUGAGUACGGAGACUGUUCACAUGAGUGGACCCUCUUCUUCUUCUUCUUCUUCCUACUACCCUUAUCCUCAUGCUACUAACUACCAGGAUUAUCAAAAUUACGGAGGUGAUUUUUAUUCCUCAUCCACGCCGGCGAUGGAGGCGGCAGUGGGGACUUCGUUGGCGCCUUCGAGUUCAAAACCACCUCCGCCUCCGCCAUCUCCUCCGAGGAGUUCACCUUGGGAAUUCUUGGAUCCUUUUAAGACUUUUGAGAGCUAUCCAGUGUACCCACCAAGCAGAGACUCGAGAGAGGUGAGAGAAGAGGAAGGUAUACCUGAUUUGGAAGAUGAGGAUUUUGAACAUGAGGUUGUCAAGGAAGUUCAUGAGGAUCAAAGAUUUGUGGACGAGGCUGCAAGUGGAAGCUAUUCAAAGGCAGUUGAGGAGAAUGAAAAGGUAGCUGAUUCAGAGUCCAUACACCAGUCAAGUCCAAGUUCAUCCAUGGAGGAUGACCCGGUUGAGUAUGAGGUGCACGUGGUGGAUAAGAAAGUGGUUGAUGAAGAGAAUCGCGGUAAUGUAGCUGGUUCGAAGGCUCGGAGUUUCAAUAGCGAUUCUGAUGUUGUCAAGGAGAUUCAGAUUCAAUUUGAGAGAGCUUCUGAAUCAGGGAGUGAGCUUGCUAAGAUGCUCGAGGUUGGAAAACUUCCCCACAACCGUAAGCACGCCGCAUAUCAAGGGAUAGUUUCUUCCAAGAUGUUGCACGCAAUUACCCCUUCCUCGUCUGUACUCUCGCUUCCUUCUACUUCAAAGAAUGAUGCGAUGGAGAUUGCUGAUCAUGCCAUUUUAGAUGUAGAAGGAGAUAUUAGUUCAAGGCCAAGAAACAUUUCUUCUACAUUACAGAAGCUGUACCUCUGGGAGAAGAAACUGUUUGAGGAGGUCAAGGCGGAGGAGAAGAUAAGGGUGCUUCAUGAAAGGAAAAGUCGAAAGCUGAAACAAUUAACCGAAAAGGGUGCUGAGUCUGACAAGAUUGACAUGACCAGAAAAUUGGUUAUAAGUCUCUCCUCAAAGCUUAGAAUUGCAAUUCAGGUAGUUGAUAAGGUUUCUGAGACGAUAAACAAAUUGAGGGAUGAAGAGUUAUGGCCACAACUGAAUGAACUUAUUCAGGGGUUUAGUAGAAUGUGGAGAUCCAUGCUUGAGUGCCAUCGCUACCAAUGCGUAGCCAUUGGAGAAGCAAAACGGUUAGAUGCCAUUGCAUCUCACAAACACUUCAGUGAUGCUCAUCUUGAAGCUACUCUGCAACUUGAGCAUGAGCUUUUGAACUGGACUUUGAGUUUCUCUUGUUGGAUGAGUGCACAGAAGGGCUAUGUGAGAGCAUUGAACAAUUGGCUUAUGAAGUGUCUUCUAUAUGUGCCCGAAGAAACAGACGAUGGAGUAGCUCCCUUUUCUCCUGGCAGGAUUGGUGCUCCCCCUAUUUUUGUCAUUUGUAAUCAUUGGUCACAAGCAUUUGAAAGAGUCUCAGAGAAAGAGGUGGUUGAUUGUAUGCGAGAUUUUGCUACAAAUGUGCUUCAGCUCUGGGAGAGAGAGAAGCUGGAAUUAUGCCAAAAGAUGAUGGUGAACAAGGAUAUGGAGCGACAAGUGAAGAACUUGGAGAGGGAAGACCAGAAGAUACAAAAGGGGAUUCAUGCAUUAGACAAAAGAAUAGUUCUGGUUUCUGGGGAGGAAAAUAGUCUUUCAUUGAAUAGUCAUGUUGUUUACCAGCGCGAAACUAGCAAAAAUAGUAGCUUUCAGGUUGGUCUACAACGUAUAUUUGAGGCCAUGGAAAGGUUUACUGCUAAUUCCUUGAAGGUAUACGAGGAGCUUUUGCAACGUAUUGAGGAGGAAAGACUUGCUAGAGAGCCUGAGGUGGUGUCGUAGCAUUGCUUGCCCUUUCCGGGGAAUUGUUUAUGCUUAUUCUUUAAAUUAGAGGUUGUAGAGAUUCCAGGUUAGAAGACAAAGGGAAAUGGAACAGAAGAUUCCUUUAUUGCCUCGUCGGACUUGCUACCUAUGCUGUAGCAUUGUUACUGCUUGAUCAGUUUCGUCCUCCUUCGCAGAAAAGAGAGAGAAACUAAGUUGACAGCGAUAUGCCUUGAGUCAUUGCAACUGAAACUUUUUGCAAUGCUCAGAUCAGAUAUUCUCGAACCUUCAAUUUUAGCAGUCAAAUCCCAACAAUGUAUAUACCAGGCCGGAGGUGUUUAAGAUGAAAGCUGAAAGCUGAAAUUUGUUGUCUGGUGUAGAUAUUCAGAUGGUCCUGAAGUCUAGGAUCUCCAAGCUGGGGUGUCGAAAAGAGGAGGGCGAUUGACUUGACCUGUUCUGGUUGUUAACAUUUGCAAGAGGGAGGUGCGCGAUGUCGGUACACCAAGCUGGAAUGCUAGGGAAUUGUUAUGGGAAUUGUUCUUUUGAGGCCAAUGGCACUUCAUUUUGUAAGAGGUGUUCUGCGUCUGUACAGUGACACAGAGGCUGUUUGGUGACGCAAGUCACGAAACUGCAGUUGCCUGGCAUCAGGCAUCAGUUGUAUUUUGGUUGUUUAACAGGGACGUGUCUUUGUAAGAUUCAAUCAAUAAUAAGUAUCUAAAAUUAUAGACAUGUAGACAAGGAAAUAGUUGAACAUAUUUAGUGUUUUGACAAUUCCAGGAAGAAGGAUUAUGCACUCUUUUA